CACACGACGACGGCGCUGACGUCAUGCCGUCUCUGCUCCGCACCCCCUCCUCCCCUGUCUCUGCCUGUCUCCGCACUGCUGGCCCGUAUCCGUUGUGUGUCACAGGCAGCAUCACAGCAGCAGACAUUUGGCGAGCGACAGCCCGGACUGCGGUCACCCUGCGCGCUUACGCUUCGUGUGGACGUGCGCCAUCGGCGGACGCGGGGUUGUUUCUCUUCUAGUUGCGCCGUCUCUGACGUUAAUUCCUGGCGUGACACCCACCGCUAGCCCGCCUGCGUGGAUGUUUGACUGCAGAUUUGAUGGUGCUGAGCAGGCUCGUCUGAUUGAAGGCUCGCGGCCAGGGGGGGCAUCUGUGGGGCCGUGGAGAGAGAAAGCUCUGUCCACGGCGGCGUCCGUCCUCUGCCCGGUGAUUGUGAAUGGACUGCGCUCCCUCCGUGAUUUUCUGCAGUCGCUCUGAGUCAUUUGUGGAAGAAGAUGGCGGACAGGGCUGAGAUGUUUUCCCUAUCCACUUUCCAUUCUCUCUCUCCUCCCGGCUGCAGGCCAGCCCACGACAUCAGCCUGGAGGAGUUUGAUGACGAAGACCUCUCUGAAAUCACAGAUGACUGCGGGAUCGGCCUCAACUACGACUCUGAUCCAUAUGAGAAGGAUUCCCUCAUUCUGGAGAAGAGCGACAUGCACCACCCGGUCUGCUCCUUCCAGGACGACUUCCAGGAGUUCGAGAUGAUCGACGACGAGGAUGAGGACGAAGAGGAGGACGAGGAAGAGGGCGAAGACGUCGACCCGGAUGCUCCGCCGUCCCCUUCUGCCUCUCCCCUACCCUCCCCCACUCACGGGACUCUGAAGAGCAGACCCACCACGCUGAACCUGACCACCGCUGUGUCCCAGGAUUCUCUAAACAACAACAGCAGUCUGUCACCAAAGAAAGGAAGCUGGCAAGACUCUUUGCGCAACCCGUCCUCACAGGUCUGUUUGUCUCCAACGCACUCGUGUCUGGACGACGGGAGCCACGUGACAGGCCAGUGCCCAGCUUCUCCAGUUCCCCAGGCGCCCGGGUCUCAGAGCAAAGGUACUCCACCAAAACAGGCAGGGGAGGGCGGGAACCCGCAGUCCCCCCACAGGCCCCUCCUGUGCGACAUGGAGGGCAACAGGCGAGAGAGGCCCGAAUACGGCUCGUUUGGUCAACAUAAGUCCCACUCCUGCUCUGGCGACGAGCCAAAGGUCGACCCUUCGGCCCAAACGGGCAGGGUGCCGUCCAUUGAUGAGCACUCGCAGUGUUCCGACACAGAGGUGGACCAUGACCUCAACAGCGACCACAACCACAAACACUCGAACAGACGGGCCACCGACACCUACACCAUCACCAGCGAGUCGGGUAUGGAGCCGGAGAACGACCUGGACCUGGACGGAACCAGCCGCUGUUUGUCGUCCACCGCUCCCAUGGGGGCCAACGAUGGCGCCGACACGCCCCUGUCAGACGAGGAGCUGGACAAGGACUUUGAAGUGGAGUUCAUGUGUAAGGAAACAUACGACAUGGUGUGUAAAGAGAACCACUCAGCGUACGUUGAGUUCCCCUCCAUUGAACCGUCGGAGCCUGCCUCCUUCUCCAGCUACUUGUCCUCCAGCCGAUCAGACGCUCUCGACCGGUCCAACACUUCAGAUGCUCACACGACUUCUGCCAUGGAGGCGGCGGCCAAUGACUCCACGUCUCCGUCCUCGGACCCAGGGAUCGCUGAUAUGAACCAGCAGGGUUACGGGACUUCGGACCAGGACAAGGACCUCAGCUCCCCGGGCUCUGACUCCGACAUCGAAGGGGAGCUGGAGGCAGCGUUCGCCUGUGGCGGUCCCGUUGUCUCUAACAUGAUAUCAUCCAUAUCGGAGACAGAGUUGGACCUUACUAGUGACGACAGCAGCAGCGGACGCUCGUCUCACCUCACUAACUCCAUAGAAGAAGCCAGUUCGCCUACAUCGGACCAGGAACUGGACCCAGACACUGAGUUAGAGCAGGACAGUGGUAUUGUUGGACUGAAAGCGGCUCUGCUUUUAGGACAGCCUGACCCAAUCAAAGAACGAUCUCCUCUGCCCUCUCCCUCCCCUCUACCCUCACCCACUAUCGCUACACCCUCUCCUGUUGACUCACCCAUCCUUCCCCCUGAGUCCUACGAUGAUGGUGAAGGUCUGUUUGGGCUGCGUGGUAUGGAUGACGAGCUGCCCUGCGAACAUCAGGCCGACCCAGAUGAGACUCUGCCGCCAGCCCAACGCUGUGAGGACAGCCUGUCUAGACAGAUGGUGCUGCAGAUAGAGCCUGACCACAGCCUGGAGAGCUUCAAACGCUCCUUCUACCUGCCGGUGGGACCCAGGUUGAUGCCGAGCGCUGAUGAGUACGACGAAACAAGCGAGGGGGACUCCGAAUCUGAAAGUGAGGACGACCUCAGCGAGAACUCAGACUCGCCCUGGCUUCUCAGCAACCUGGUGAACAGAAUGAUCUCAGAGGGCUCCUACCCGAUCAGCUGUCCUGAGGAGUGCUUCAAGAGGAAGGCGUCUGUGUCCGACACCAUCUCCCCGUCCUCAGACAUUGGAGACGGAGAUGGUUUCAGUGAGGAGGACCAAGCGAAGAAAGAGGGGAUGGGGGAAAGAGAGAGAGAGAGAGAAGACAAAAAAAGUGAAAGCUACGAAAAGGAAAUAAACAGAUCGGCUUCUUCAAAAGAAGCAGUGACAAGUCCCUGUCUCUAUUUGAGCAACACCACAGGUGACACCAUAACCCCUGUGACUUUAGAGCGCUGUGCAAACAACGGAAGAGCAAUCACAGGUACCGACUCACUGUACAACACCACAGGCUUCACAGACAAAGCGUCAAAGAACGCCAGGAUGCAGGUGGACAACGCCGAGCCAAAUAACGACCUGAUGAUGCUGGAAGGGAGGAAGGACCUGGACUCGCCGAGCCUCAGCGAGAGCGUGGUCAGCGACAAGGACGAAGGCCGCGAGAGCGAGCCCAGGCCGACGAGCCGGUCCUCGGCCUCCCUGGAGCGCAUCACGGAGGUCAAACACAGCCUCACGCUGGACCUGCCCACUGCCCAGACCAACCGCUGCUUCAGCCUCACCUACUCCACCGACAACGACGAGGAAGAGGACGACGUGGACUCCUAUCCGUUCCUGGGCGGCCUGAGGAAGCAGUCCUACGCGGGCAGCGAGCUGGAGCUCGACAGUUCGCCACCCAUUGAUUCCAGUGUGCUGGACCGUCCCUCGCCUGACCACGACCUCCCACUGUGCGAGAAAGAGCUGGCUCAGAGACAGCCCAAUGAGGACGACGGGCUGGCUUACGACUCCAUGAAGUACACGCUGGUGGUGGAUGAGAACACGACGCUGGAACUAGUCAGCCUCAGAAGGUGUACCUCUGUCCUGAGUGACGACAGCGAGCUCUCCACGCUAUGUGACGAGGAGCCUCUGAGGACCGGUGGACUGGGCUACGGUCACCACGACGACGACGUGAGGCCAGAACUUCUGAGCUCGUCUGAGGACUCGUCGCCUGAGGCGGACCUUCCGUUCUCCAAGAAGUUCCUAAACGUGUUCGUCAACAGCACCUCCCGCUCCUCCAGCACAGAAUCCUUCGGUCUCUUCUCCUGCACCAUCAACGGGGAGGAGAGGGAGCAGACACACAGGGCAGUCUACAGGUUCAUCCCCAGACAUGCAGACGAGCUGGAGCUGGACGUGGACGAUCCCUUGUUUGUGGAGGAGGAGGAGGACGACUACUGGUACAGAGGCUACAACAUGCGGACGGGGGAGAGGGGAAUCUUCCCCGCCUUUUAUGCCAACGAAGUCGUCGGCCAGUCUAAGGAGCUGCUGGGGAUGAAGAGGAAUCCAGCGUGGCUCGAGACCUACAGCGUCCAGUUCCUGGGCUCCGUGGAGGUCCCUUAUCACCAAGGCAACGGCAUUCUCUGCGCAGCCAUGCAAAAGAUUGCGAUAUCGAGGAAGCGAACGGUGCAUGUGCGGCCUCCGUCCCUGUGCGAGCUGGAGAUCAGCUUGCAGGGAGUCAAACUGAUCAUGAGUCUGGAGGACGAGUACGACACCCUUGAUGAGUUCGACAGAUGUAGUCACUUCUUCCAGAUGAAAAACAUCUCCUUCUGUGGAUGCCAUCCACGGAACAACUGCUACUUUGGCUUCAUCACCAAGCACCCAAUGCUGAAUCGAUUCGCUUGCCACGUGUUUGUUUCCCAGGAGUCCAUGCGACCUGUAGCAGAGAGUGUCGGACGAGCCUUUCAGGAAUACUACCAGGAGCAUCUGGAGUACGCCUGCCCCACCGAGGACAUCUACCUGGAGUAACCAACCUGUUCCUCUACAGCCUGUGUUCAUCGCGUUAGCCUCUAGAGGGCGCUGACAGCCGACUCUUCUCUCCGAUGUAAAAUAACCCUGUGUGUCCCGCUGAAGCUGGGAUCUCCAUUUCUACAGUAUGCUAGGCAUUUGACUGAUUUCCUUCAUCUCUCUUUGUUUAUUUCCAUUCUCUCGAUGGAGCGAUUGCCUGUUUUCUUUCGUCUUUUUUUAUGAUAUACAACCAAGACGCUGAGCAACUAUUUAUUUAAAGGUUCAUUUUUUGGAAAUGAAAACAAUAUACUGUACCUACUACUGCUGUUCCACUUUUCAAUGCAUGGCUAGUAGGGUUACUGCACACAGACACACCAAGAAAUACACCCAUCCAAGUGAAUGGCAAGCAGCGAGGAUGACGUAGAAUCAGGCGUUGGUGUUGACUUAACUGUAAAUAUGUAUUUGUUCAUUAUCAACAAUCUGCUAAUUUGAUUUCUACUGAUAGUGACAUUGGAGCAAAGUAGAGGGAGUACAGUGAGGUGUCCAUGGUGUGAGCUUAGCCCUGUGUCGCGUACAAGACGUAGUGUGUGUUGUAAAUACGUGUAUAGAAAAUAGACAUACAGGCGCCUCAUCCAGACUAAUUAAAAAAACACUCACAGGCGACACUGACGGAGGUGGUGUGAGGCUGCAUUCAGUGUGCGUGCAUUCAGGAUGAGGUGCAGUGACUGUCAGCACGUUUGGAUGACAUCACAGAAGCGUUCGACUUCCACGCAGCCCUCAGAACUCACCGCUCACCCACCUUCACCGCAGGGAGCGUUCAAUAGAACCCGCUCAGCUGUGAACGCAGCAAAUCCUAGAUCACUGUACGCUUUGCUAUGAUUGAUGUGACUCUCGGGGUAAAGAAAGUAAAGGCCCUCUGAAAAGCCAUAUUCUCACACCUCUGACUGUUCAACUUCGGUUUCCAGCGACGUCCUAUUGUCCGUUUUCUUUUGACUUGCCUGUUUCAAUGAGGGAAAAGGAGGGACGAGACUGACCAGUAGCCUUGGACCAGUAAUGCUUCGUGGCCGCGUGCCUACUCUGCAGCAAGAUUGUAAUUUACAGUGCUGGUAUCACAGUGGAAUCAAACCUUUAGUCAAUCAUUAGAUGCGAGUUUUUAUAGUCAUAGUAUGUAAAGGUUAGACUGUCAACACGUAAAGGGGCGUCCGUGCACAUAACCAGUGAACGAUGGAGGAAUUGCAGGCUUGGAGGUUUGCCACACCCUCGUUCUCUCAGACACCGUUUAGCAUCUUGCUCUGCUGCUUUAAGCCACAGUCAGACAGAGCAAACACCUGCGGAGCUGCAGGAUUGGUGUUCAAAGAGUCGGGGUGUUUUCUACAUUUACGUAUUGCUGUCAGUUAGCUCAUGUAUAUACAAUAGAGAAUCUAAGAUAGUGCCGUGUCCUUUAUGUUGAGUAUGUUAACUGAAAUGAAGAUGUACAAUAACUAAAAUGAGAAUUUAAAAAAACGUCACGACUUGACAAAGGCCCCUAAAAGACAAGAAGUCACAUACUCACCUGUGAUUUUAUUUGAGUGUCUUCUAUUUCUGCAGCAGCUGUUAUCUCGGUGUUUCUCACACGGGCGACACGUGGGUCCAUUGUUCGUCACAGACAGGCUUCAGCAGCACAUUUGUGAGACGUGACCUCAUUACGGACUACCGGCCAAUCUGCUAUUAGAGCUGAAUAGUGACUGAGUCGGCUGCCACUGGAGAACUAUUACUGUCUUGCCAAUUUUAGGAAUCACCUUCCAGCUCCAACAGUCUGAUCCGUCACAGAUCUGUAUCUAUUUGCUUAUUUUUUCUAUCUUGUUACGGUCUAGUUAAAAACCUUCUUUCCACACCGCUACACAAAAAACCUCUGAGGAUGAUCUAGUCCCUUAUAGCCGCUGAGACAUACAUUAACAGUUUUGACUUUAUUACAUUAACAAGAUUCUUCACUGUAUACCUAGAGCAAAACCGUAUGUGACAGAACAAACAUAUCCUACCUUGUAUCUUUAAAUUCAAGGACUUGUAAAAUUCAAGGGAAAACAGAAAAAAAAGGAAAAAAAAAUCACUCUGCCUUGUCAUGGGUUUGGUCUUACGAAUAAAAUAUAUGCUUGAUGUCCAAAA